AUGAUGGGGGCGUAUAGCGGCUUGGGCCUGCUUGCUUUCUUUUGCUUUGCACAAUGGGCCUCGUGUCGAGUCGUUCGGUUUCACUUGACCCUCACAUGGGAGGAUCGAGAGGUCGCGGGUGUUGUUCGCAAGGUUAUUCUAUCGAAUGGGCAAUUUCCUGGUCCUACGCUUCGAUUGAAGCAAUAUGACGAUGUUGAAUUCCUCGUGACCAAUGCCAUGCCGUUUGCGACGACAGUUCACUUUCAUGGUAUUGCUCAGCUAGGCACGCCGUGGUCGGAUGGCGUUCCAGGUCUUUCGCAAGAUCUUAUCCAACCGGGUGGUUGGUUUCUGUAUGAAUGGACGGCAGCGGAUUACGGGUCGUACGCGUAUCAUUCUCAUAGCCGGGCCCAGUUGAUUGAUGGUCUCUACGGCGCGAUAUAUGUCGAACCCGAUAAGUCGGUAGAGAAGCCGUUCGCUUUGAUCACAACGGAUCCUCUGGAACUUGCGGCAAUGGUCAAGGCGGAAGCUCGGACCCAGCCCCUUCUGGUUUCAGAUUGGCGGUUUUUAAUAUCUGAGACUAUUUUACGGGCAGAAGAGGAGUCCGGAUGUGAAGACCUAUGCUCAAAUGCUGUGUUGAUCAAUGGGAAAGGCUCCGCAUGGUGUCUCCCCCAGGAGAGGAUUGACUCCCUCGCUACCUUUGGGCAGAGGAUCCUUCUUGGAAAUUAUACCUUGACUGAUCUGGGAUGUUUCCCUCCGGUGGAUGCCAUCCUCGGCACGUUUCCUCGCAAUCCUAGCGUGCUACCGAAGGGAUUCGUCGAAGGGUGUACCCCUGGUAACGGACCCACGGAGAUUAUAGAGGCAAAUCCCCUUCUCGGCUAUAUUAGUUUCGAUGUGAUCAGUAUGGCUGGUGCCGCGAUAAUUAUGUUCUCUAUUGAUGAACAUCCGAUGUAUAUUUAUGCAAUCGAUGGACGGUAUGUCGAGCCUAUUCGGGUUGAAGCUGUUGAAAUCCCUACAGGAGCCCGAUACUCGGUGCUCGUCAAACUAGAUCAACUUGCUGGGAACUAUACAAUCCGUGCGGCAAAUACCGGAGUCAAUCAGGUUAUCAACGGAACGGGAAUCAUGUCGUAUACAUCGCGUGCGGUGGCUCGAAAGAAAUCAUCCCGAGCGUACAUCACCGAGGUUGGCAAUGGAACGUCGCCGGACGUGGUCUUUUUGAACGAGUCCCUCGUCGUUCCGUUCCCUGUAGAACUCCCCGCCACAACAGUUGACCAAACAGUCAUCUUGAAUAUCGAUCACUACCACGCUUCAUACCGCUGGUCUCUGGGGAACUCGAGUUACUCGCUUCGGUAUGAGACCCUUGAACCUGCGUUAUUUAACCGCAGCACUAUCCCCUACGAAAACCACGUCACCACUCUCAACGGCACAUGGAUCGAUAUCGUUUUCAACCUGACAUCCGGAAAUCAGCCCCCUCACCCAAUGCACAAACACUCAAACAAGUACUUUGUGAUCGGGUCCGGUAAUACACCGUUCACUUAUUCCUCCGUCGCAGAGGCAAUGGAAGUGAUCCCGGAGAACUUCAAUUUCGACCAUCCCCAGAUGCGAGACACGUUCUCCACUAUGGCCGCAGAGGGCCCAUUGGGCACCUGGUUAGCAGUACGAUACCACGUCAUCAACCCGGGUCCCUUUUUGCUUCAUUGCCAUCUGGAAAUGCAUCUGAGUGGGGGGAUGGCAAUUGCGCUGCUCGAUGGGGUUGAUGCGUGGCCGACUGUGCCCCCGAAAUACCAGUUGUCUGUCAGUAAACACUUGAGGAAUCGUUCCGAAGUACGCUCAGAUGGCUUUGAUCCCUAAGAACAUUUCGUAUAAGUUGAAGAUGAUGUCCAUUGGAUGUACAGUACAUACAUGUCAAACUUUGGACAUCGCUAGGAUCCGCUUCAACGCGUUCCUUCCAUCUCUGAAUAACAGAUUACUAGCGACCGAUUCUAACAAAGACGAGAG